GAUGACAGGAGACCGUCUCUGUACACCGGACAAUUCGGAGAUUGCAAGGGUUCUAGUGCUGUCAACGUCACUCGCUUUGAUGCUGCUUAUUACAAAGACAACAUGACCGUGCUCUUUCAUUUGGCGGGUAACACGGCCAUCGCUAAUGAAAGCCUGAUGAUGUACAUCGGUGUCUAUGCAUACGGACAAGGUCGAUUCGACUUGACCUUUGAUCCGUGCAAUGCAAAUAUUGCCAGCCUGUGCCCGCUCAACGCGAGUAUACCCAUCGAAGCUAACGGCAUCAUCCCGGUCGCUCAAUCCGAUGUUGCUGCCAUUCCUCCAAUCGCUCUCUCGAUUCCAGACUUCGAGGGCGAGGCUAUUCUUCGUAUUUUCGCUAACUCGACUCAAGCUGAAAUUGGUUGUUACUCAGCUGUCGUAACUAAUGGGGCCACUUUUUCGCAGCCUAAAGCUGUGGGAUCAGUCCUCGGGAUCUUCACCGUCAUUGCUUUGAUCGCUUCCUUUGCAACGGCCAUCUACGGAGAUAGUGUGCCUGUCAUGCGGAAGCACUAUGCCCACUCGCUCUCGGUCUUGGUCGUCUUCUCCGUUUUCCAGCAUGUCUUCUUUACCGGAGCUCUUUCUAUGAAUUGGCCAAGUGUGCUCGUUGCUUGGUGGAGUAACUUUGCUUGGUCAGGAGGCAUGAUUUACUCCAGCUCAAUGCAGCGUUCUAUUGACAAACUCAUUGGUAACAACCUUGGAAAUACAUCGCAAGUCGGCGCUGCCGGUUCUGGAACCAACCAAGACGGUGUAGGAGGUGGUUUUGACAUCUCGUCGAUCUAUAGAAGAGGUCUAUCAGUGAAAAGAGACAUCGCUUGGGACAUUUAUCAGCGCGAUCAUUCCAUCCAACUUCGACGAGACGUCCUUUCGCGCACUUUCGAAGAACAUUUGUUCAGACGCGAUUUGGCCAACAAGACCAGCGGCUUCAACUGGUAUGGACAGCCUGUACAAGCAGGUCUACCUCUACCUGGUAACUACUCUGGAUUUGCUGGUACCCUAGCCCAGGAGAACAUUCGUGUCUCUAAUGCCUUCGUGACCGGAUUCCUGUGGCUUCUCAUUCUUCUCGUAAUCCUUGUCGCUAGCGUGAUCGCUUUCAAGUGGGUUCUUGAGGCUUUCAUUGCUGCCAAACUCAUGAAGAAUGAGCGCUUGGGUUUCUUCCGAAAGCACUGGAUCCGAUACACCACCUUUGUUGCUCUGCGGACCUUGUUCAUUGCAUUCUUCAUGAUGAUGUUCUUAACCAUGUUCCAGUUCUCUUACCAAAGCUCGGGUGGUGUCAAAGCCGUUGCUGCUAUCAUCUUCAUCUUGUUCUUCGUUGGUAUUCCUGCUUGUGUCAUCUACGCCAUCUAUGUCGGCAUGGCCUCCCAGGGUACCAUUCUCAAGUCUGAAGUUCCUGCCGAGCAAGCCGAAGGGAGGCAACCAUCGAAGUUACUUUCUAAGCUUGGAAUCAAGAAGCCCAUCUCGAUCAAGAUGCCAAUGAUCUCGCUCUGUCAACAACCAUCGCACCUUGAAGAGGACCGACCCUCGUUACACGAUGAUGAGGAAUAUCUCCAGAAGUUUGGAUGGCUUUCUGCUCGUUACCGCCGUACAAAGUGGUGGUUCUUUGCUGCGUGGACCCUUUACGAGUUCAUUCGAGCCUGUUUCUAUGCCGGCGCUUCGGGUCAGCCCACGACUCAAGUUUUUGGUCUGUUGGUCGUCGAGUUUCUUUUUUUCAUCUUCAUUCUCUGGGCUAGGCCCUUCGAAGGUCAACGCCUCAACGUGAUUGUUGUGUACCUGCUUGGCUUCAGCAAAGUCGCGACCGUGGCUCUGUCUUCUGCCUUCAAUAUCACCUUCAACCUGGAACGUAUUACUACGACCGUGAUUGGCGUUGUCAUCAUAGUCAUUCAAGGAGUGUUGGUAAUCGUCACUCUGAUAGCCAUUGCAGUCGGAGCUUUCUCUUCCUACAUGUCGAUUACCCGAAACCACGAAGAUUUCCGACCAAGAAGGAUGAUGGGCGUUCGCGAGAAAUACUUCAAGCACCUCGAUCGUACUGCUACCGAUUUACCUCGUCCACCAAGGCCAGAACCCGUUGAGGUCGUCACUGGAGAGCCCAAGGGACCUUACUUCUCUGUCUCGCAAGUUCGUCGAGUGGCUAAGAUCGAGGACGAAGACCCGGAUUUUGUUGCUGAGAUGGCAAUGCUUCACCAUGAGGAGGAGUUAGGUCCUGAGCCAAUGCCACACGCAUCGUAUUCUGCUCUACCUUCGAGAUCGCAAACACCAGGUAUGGACGGAGAUGGGAGCUACUCGAACCUGCCUCGAGGGGCCCGUCUCCACCGUCCUAGUUGGACCUCUCGUGACUUCUCAGAAACAAGAGAUGAUCGAUCGAGGACACCUAUUGAU